CAGAGAUAUCCACCCGUUCCUAUAUUCUGCAUAGAGUUUGAAUUCAGUUCGGUUAGUCUGCGAUGGCAUUUUGGAAGGUUUGUUUCCUGAUGGGGCAGUUGAUUGGUCUUGGAGUGGCCCAAACUGAUGGUCCAGUCCCACCGGUUGAGCUCAGGGAGUUCGAAGAGAUACGCAAAGCAUCAUGCCCAGAGUCGUAUCAGGUGUGCGGUAAGUUCUGCUAUAGAGUAUUUACCGAUCUGAAAACAUGGACCGAAGCCGAAGCCCAAUGCAGUUUUCAUCAAGAAGACAACCCAAAGGGACCGGCUCAUCUUGUGUCCAUUCUGAACCAACAAGAGAACGACUUCGUGGUUGAUCUUUGGCGUGCAACCAAUCCACCAAAAACAGGUUGUUUCAAUGCACCAUGGAUCGGACUCAGCAAUACAAAUGAUAAUGAUAACAUCGGUUUCAUUUGGUCUGACGGGAAGCCGUUUGGGGACUACAACAAUUUGAAGUGUCAGCCCAACACAAAUCCCAACAAAUUGUGUGUGUCUCUCCGUAGAGGCUUUUGGAAAACCAAUUCCUGUGAGAGAAAGAUGCCCUACAUCUGCAAGGUUCCGCUGUGAAUCAGUGACUGAUUGCUGCAGAAGCCAACUCGACGGUGUCAGGACACUUCGUACCUUUGCCACUUCGUACCCUGGACACUUCGUACCUUUUGAAGGUACGAAGUGUCUUUG